AUGUAACAUUGUUUCAGAAAGCUUGACUUGGACCUUUUGUAAUUUCAUUUGACAGUUUGUUCCGUUUAUUAUAAAUCAGCAUAAGUUACUUACGUCAAUCAUGGAAACUGAAAAUAUUGACAUGAUGGAGGAUGGAGAAGUUGAUGAAGCCACAGAGGCGAGCUCAAAGCGCGAAAGAAAAGUUUCAGAAAGCAUGAGAAAUUCGUUUUCUUCAUUAGAUGAAGAGAAACUAAAGAAAAGAGCUGAAAGAUUUGGAAUUGACGCUGACUCUACAAAGGUGGCACCAGUUACAAAAGAUCAAAUGAGAGAUUUAUAUGAAAGCUUGGAAAUACCUGCAGAAGAAAUAAAAAUUGUUUUGGAAUCUGAUACAAGUGAGCCUGUUACCCAUGUUUCAAAUCACCGAUUUGAAGCAAUUCAUUUGAGAGGCACAGAAGAAAUGAACACCCAAAAUGUCUUUGAUUAUUUCAAGGGAUAUGCACCUGCUUCCAUAGAGUGGAUUAAUGAUUAUUCUUGUAAUGUGGUAUGGCUAGAGCCCUGGCAAGCUGCUAGAGCAAUUCUUGAACGCUCGAGCCGUAGUGUCAUCGUUCAACCCACGAAAACCAAUGUAGAAGGAGAAACUAUGGACCAUGAGCAGGCCGUCGGUGAACCUGAAGCAGCAGUUCCCAUUCCAACUCCACCUGGAAUUUGGCGAUUAGGUUUCGAAUGCCAGCAUGCCAAAGCUUUAGUUAUGCGCUUCGCCACAAGAGCAGAUCGCAAGAUUAAAGGAGCUGAACGAUUAAGCCAUUAUUACCGUAACCAUGGCAAUCCCAACUACGGUGGAAUGGCUGGUCUCAUCAGUUCCUCUCGCAAACGUCGCUUCCAUGGUAAACCUGACCCUACCGAACAGGUUGAUUCAAAAAAUCCUUGGGGAUCUCUUGCUGAAGAAUGGGGAGCUAGUGAACCUGCUGAAACAUGGGAAACAAAUGAGCCAGCUACAGUAUGGGGAGUAAACGAACCAGCAGCAAAUUGGGAGCGAAGAAUUGAAGGAAAACGCGUAAUUGGAACUGGAUUGCCUUCAGCACUAGUGCGGCGAUUGGGACACCAACCACCCCGUCCAUCCCCAUCGAGAUCAAGAGACACAGAAUCCGAUGCUUCUGAUGGCUGGGCAACAACUGACAGCGAAUCAGGCUCACGUAGUAGCCAGAGUUCUAAUCAAGAGGCUGGGCGUAGCAAAAAGAAACGCAUACGAAUGCGAAUGUAUGCGGACGACGAGGAAGAAAGAAAUCGAAAAAAGAUUUUGAAUUCACGGCUGGUGGACACCAGCGAAGAAAAAAACGGCCAAUCGAGUAAAGUUCGAACUUCUAGACCAGUACAUACAAGGCUGGGACCAAACGUCGAUAUUUCGCCAUCGAUCGUUUCUAAACGUACUGAUCUGCGUUCCAGACUUGGGUCUUCUGCCUCUACAGCGCUAGUUGAUUCAGUCGUCCUUCAUGGGACGCUUGUACCAGCUGGUGAAGCCCAAUUACUCGAAAAUGCCAAAAUGGAUUUGAGAAGCAAAUUACAAAGUCGAUUGGGAACGAAAUGAAGUGAUCAGCACAGUUUAUAAUUGUGUCACACUCGUUAUAUCCAAUUUUUACACCUCUUGCCCCAUUUUCUGCUAUCGUCGAUUUUCAUGAAUUAAAUGGUAUAUUCGGAAUUUAUUGGAAGCAAUAUAACAUGAGUAAAGUGGAAUUAAAGGAAUGAAAAAAAGAGCUACAACUUCAGUUGUGUAUAAUGAAUAAACCUUUCAUUCUCUUUUUUA